AUCACAAACCAAUAUGACAACAUUCAACACAACACCAGCACCACACUAACAACUACUACUACUCCUUGGUCUUCUUCUAAAGUCUCAACCCCCACCCUCUUUUAUUGCCGAGUCCAUUGCACCGUUUCAUUCAAAGACUUUGUACAUCUCUCUCUCUCUCUCUCUCUCUCUCUCUCAUUUUCUUGCAUUUAUGGCCAAAGGAAGUGGACUUUCUGUUGAUUCAGAUCCGAUUGGGUUCUUUUGCCACCAGCCAAUGGUACUCAACUCGUUCCCUGAAGACAACCCUGGCCGAGAACCCAAGUGGAAGCUGGGUGCCAUGGAUGCCGCUCUCACCAGCUCAGCUCCCCCGACUAUCCAAUUCCCACUCAACCUUAACUGGUCCCGUCGCCAAGAUUCUCCUUCAUCGUCAGACAACAAACGCACUGUUAUCGACGAGGUGGACUUCUUUGCCGAGAAACACGGCCGAGACAACAAAGCUUCCUGUACCGAUACCGACAGAAAAGACUCGCGGGACCGUCAGGCCGCGUUAGAGUUUAACGUAAACACUGGUUUGAAUCUUCUUACUACCAACACUAGUAGCGACCAAUCCAUGGUGGACGAUGGCCUAUCACCGAACGUGGAAGAUAAAAGAGCUAAGAGUGAGAUGGCUGUUCUUCAAACUGAGUUUAAGCGAAUGAAGACCGAGAAUCAGCGUCUAAAAGAGAUGAUUGAUCAGGUUUCUACCAAUUAUAAUACUCUACGGAUGCAUUUCGUUACUCUUAUGAAGGCUCAGCCAUCCAAAAACCCUGAAGAAAGUGGUAUAUUGGUGGAUGGCAAAAACAAUGGAUCACUAAUAGUGCCAAGACAGUUCAUGGAUCUUCGGCUGGCGACUAAUGGUGAUGCUAAUAAUGAGAACUCGUUGUCUACAUUAAUGGAAGAAAGAAGCCGGGAGUGGAACCGGUCAGGAUCGCCAGGUAAAACGGCAGAAGCCAUGGCGUCAGAGUUUAUAACGAGUAAAAGUGGGAAUCUGAACGAGGAGCUUGUGUUUCAUCAGGAUAAAAAGGAAGAUGGUAGUAAAAUUGGGAGAGGGGAUCGUAGCCCAGAUCAAGCUUCACAAGAAUGGAGUCCUCCUAAUAAGGUUCCUAGAUUCAAUCCUCCAAACGAUGUACUUCAUGAUCAAACGGAGGCCGCCACGAUGAGGAAGGCCCGCGUAUCGGUUAGAGCUCGAUCAGAGGCGCCUAUGAUCACUGAUGGCUGCCAAUGGCGGAAGUAUGGACAGAAGAUGGCUAAGGGAAACCCAUGUCCUCGAGCUUACUAUCGCUGCACCAUGGCUAAUGGUUGCCCAGUCCGAAAACAAGUACAGAGAUGUGCAGAAGAUCGGACGAUCCUUGUAACAACAUAUGAAGGCAAUCAUAGCCAUCCCUUACCCCCGAACGCCAUGGCAAUGGCAUCGACAACUUCAUCAGCAGCACAAAUGCUGCUGUCGGGCUCUAUGUCUAGUGCUGAUGGAAUAAUGAACUCAAAUUUCCUCACUAGUACACUGCUGCCAUGCUCCUCUAACAUGGCAACCAUCUCAGCCUCAGCCCCAUUUCCCACUAUUACAUUAGACUUAACUCAAUCCCCCAACCCAUUACAAUUCCAAAUCCCAUUCUCAAACCUAGCCCAGAGCAUUUCCGAUGCCCAGACCACAUCGUUGCCUCAAAUAUUUGGUCAAGCACUUCACAUUAAUCAAUCAAGAUUCUCUGGUCUUCAAAUGUCCGGCCAAGAUAUGGACCCUUCUCAAUUGGGUCACCUUCAGCCACACGCAUUGGCAUUAAUGAACCAGUUGGGGCAGCAGAACUCGCUUUCUGAUACCCUCAGUGCUGCCACUGCUGCCAUUGCCGCGGACCCGAACUUCACUUCAGCUCUUGUAGCAGCCAUCACUUCGAUUAUUGGUGCUAGUUCUCAAACGAACAACAAUAGUAACAACAAUGCCAACUUGACAAGCACUACCAGCAGCAAUGCCAACUUAACUUCUCCUAGCAACAGCAAUGGCAACAAUAAUAUCAGCAAUUCAAGUUUCCAAGGCAAUUGAGGCGAGGCUACUUUUCUUUCAGUUUUCUUUUAUUGGGAAGAAUUCUUUAAUGAAUUUUUGUUCUGUUUUUAUACUUUGUUCCAAAUUGUAUGUCGAUACAAGUGAAAACAAUAGAAUGGAAAAUUAAAAUAUAUAUAGAAGAAAGACAUGCGUAGUUUCCUUGUUCUGUAAGGAUCCAGAAACCAAAGGAAGGGUGUUUUGUCUUCCAUCUUUUAUUUUUGUCAAUGUAUGUUAUAAAUUA